CUGCGGCGGGCCGGUGUUCGCGGCCGGGGGCGCGCCGCCCACGAUAGGGGCUGGAUGGCGGAGACAGGUGAUGCUGCGGCUGGAACGUUCAGGGAAGCUGCCGCCUCCUCUGCGCUGGAAAUGUGUUUCUAAAAUGCAACUUAAGCAUAGCAGAACUCUUUGGACUGCCUUUCCUUGUCCUCUAUAUGUGGAACAUGAAGGUAUCAGGAAAAAAAUAUCUCUGGCUGUUGCUCUCAUUACUUCACUUGAUAGCAAAUGCUGCAGAACAUGAAGAGGUAGCAAAGCAUGCAAUCAAGUUACAUCGAGGAAAAGGAGCAGCUGUCACUCAGAGAAGACAGUGGGUCCUCAACAACUGUAGAAAGCUGACUGGGCUUCUUCGCCAAAAGAAUGUGGUCCUAAACAAACUGAAAAAUGCAAUCAGAGCAGUGGAAAAAGAUGUUGGACUCUCAGAUGAAGAGAAGUUGUUUCAGGUGCACACAUUUGAGAUUUUUCAAAAAGAGCUGAAUGAGAGUGAAAAUUCAGUCUUUCAGGCUAUCCAUGGACUCCAGCGAGCCCUCCAGGGAGAUUACAAAGAUGUCGUAAAUAUGAAAGAAAGCAGCAGGCAGCGACUGGAGGCUCUGAGAGAAGCUGCAAUAAAGGAAGAGACAGAAUAUGUGGAACUUCUGGCAGCAGAAAAGCAUCAAGUUGAAGCCCUUAAAAAUAUGCAACAUCAAAACAAAAGUUUAUCCAUUCUUGAUGAGAUUCUUGAAGAUGUAAGAAAGGCAGCCGAUCGUUUAGAGGAGGAGAUAGAAGAACAUGCUUUUGAUGACAAUAAAUCAGUAAAAGGAGUCAAUUUUGAGGCAGUUCUCAGAGUGGAAGAAGAAGAGGCCAAUUCCAAGAAAAAUAUAACAAAACGAGAAGUGGAAGAUGAUUUAGGUCUUAGUAUGCUAAUUGACUCCCAAAAUAACCAGUAUAUUUUGACCAAGCCCAGAGAUUCAACCAUCCCACGUGCAGAUCACCACUUCAUAAAGGACAUUGUUACCAUAGGAAUGUUGUCUUUACCUUGUGGCUGGUUGUGCACAACAAUAGGAUUGCCUACAAUGUUUGGUUAUAUUAUUUGUGGUGUACUUCUUGGACCAUCAGGACUAAACAGUAUUAAGUCUAUUGUACAAGUGGAGACAUUAGGAGAAUUUGGCGUGUUCUUUACUCUUUUUCUUGUUGGCUUAGAAUUUUCCCCAGAAAAGCUGAGAAAGGUAUGGAAGAUAUCCUUACAAGGACCAUGUUAUAUGACCCUAUUAAUGAUUGGAUUUGGCUUAUUGUGGGGACAUUUCUUACAGAUCAGAGCCACUCAAAGUGUCUUCAUUUCUACUUGUUUAUCCUUAUCAAGCACACCCUUAGUGUCUAGAUUCCUUGUGGGUAGUGCUCGAGGUGAUAAAGAAGGUGACAUUGACUACAGCACUGUGCUGCUUGGUACGCUGGUGAUGCAGGACGUGCAGCUUGGAUUGUUUAUAGCCGCUAUGCCGACCCUCAUCCAAGCAGGAGCAGGUUUUUGCAUCCGAGUUCAUGAGAGAUACUGCAUUUUCAUGGAAAUACUGCGAAUACUGGUUUUGAUUGGUCAGAUUCUCUUUUCGCUAGCAGCUGUUUUUCUUUUAUGUCUUGUUAUAAAGACUUAUCUCAUAGGACCAUAUUAUCGAAAGCUACAUAUGGAAAGCAAAGGGAACAAAGAAAUCCUAAUUUUAGGAAUAUCUGCUUUCAUCUUUAUAAUGUUAACGAUCACAGAGCUAUUAGAUGUUUCCAUGGAACUGGGCUGUUUCUUGGCUGGAGCACUGAUCUCUUCUCAAGGCCACAUGGUUACUGAAGAGAUUAUGUCAUAUAUUGAACCUAUUCGUGACUUUCUGGCUAUCAUUUUCUUUGCAUCAAUAGGGCUUCAUGUUUUCCCUACUUUUGUAGUAUAUGAACUCACUGUCCUGAUGUUCCUUACUUUGUCAGUGGUGAUCAUGAAGUUUGUUUUGGCAGCGCUAGUCUUAUCUCUCAUUUUGCCAAAGAGCAGCCAGUAUAUCAAAUGGAUUGUCUCCGCUGGGCUGGCCCAAGUCAGUGAGUUUUCUUUUGUUCUGGGAAGUAGAGCACGAAGAGCAGGAAUCAUUUCUCGGGAGGUCUACCUCCUUAUAUUAAGUGUGACUACUCUUAGUCUUUUACUUGCUCCAGUAUUGUGGAAAGCUGCAAUUAUGAAAUGUGUACCAAGACAAGAAAGACGAUCAAGUAUCUGACAGACUCAGUAACACUGAAAUAAUAAACAACUUUGAAAAAAAGCAAACCUCUGUACAAGAAAGCAGAAAUCAGACAGUUGUAGAAUUCUUACAAGCUUUAUACAUUGGGAACAAAAUAACACUAUAAUAAAGGGCUGGUGUCUUCAUAUUUGCCCAGCCUUUACUCAAUAGCCUUUGUCAUAUUCUAGAACCUUCCAGAGUGAUUUAUAUGGAGUCAAUUGAUUACGCACGGUAGAAAUGUAACAUUGCGUUGUAUAUAUCGCCUUGACUAUUUUGCCUGGAUGUGCCUUUCUUUCUGAAAUUAAUGUUAACUUUCUAUGGUUAAUUCAUCAGUUCAUGAUUUUGGGGGAAGAAAGAAAAAUUAGAAAGGUUUUUAAUUUAUUGGGCAACUUUAGAGUUGUAAUCUGUUCGUCAAAUAUUUGCUAUUAAGCAUUUCUGUGAUGUGAAAUUUUAAUUCCGGCAAUGUGUUUGGAAUCUUACUUUUAAUCCUUAAAACCUAUGUUUUCUAAAAUGAAAUGAAUAUAUUAUAGAUGUCUAUUAGCUUUUUACCAUAACAAUUUUAAAUAAAAUAGUUUCACGUCUGUUUUUAUUAAGUAUGUGAUUAUUUUAAAAUACUUGGCUUUAGAUGGAAAGAAUAUGCAUUCUUUAAUAAAGAUAAUUUAUGAUCAGGGUAUAUUAAUUGAAAAUCUUUUUUUUUUCAAGUUUUUGUUAAGCUAAUCUUUGCAUAAAAUACCAACAAAUUUUUUUAUAACAUGAUUUAUAUAUUACCAUGUUAUUCUCCAAGAGACCAGGUUAAUGCAGUGCUAUUGAACAAAACCUAAGUUCUAACUUUGAUAUUUAAAAUAUGUGUUGUGGCUAAUGUAUGCCCUAUUUUAGAAAGCCAUACAGGGGAAAGUCUGGAGUGACAAAAAUGUUAGUUAGGAAUUGCAGAUUAAUCAGUAAUAUAAAUUAAAACACUUUGAAGUAAGAUGAAGUAAAUUUUAUCUGAAGUAAAUCAAUGGAGAAAUAAUUUUGUAAAUGUGUUUAUUUUUAGAAAUAAAGCAUUGGUUUUAGUAGGUUCUAAAUUACACCAAAUUGUCUGCCACCAUCAGGAACUGAUUACCUAAUAAGCAAGGUAAGCACGUGCUUAGAACAUUAACAAAACGGAGGCACCAGCUGCCAAAGCAGAGAGCCAUAGACGCCAGCAGACAGGACAAAAGGAAAAACGAGUGCCACGGUGGAAGGGAAAUGACAGGGCACUAAGUGAAAUUGAUACCAUUUUAUAAGUUUUGUAUACAAUAACAAAUUAUACUUUACUUUUCAUUUUGGACCUAUUGGGUAUAGCCUCACAUUCAGUUCUCUCUCAUCAACCACGUAAGAGCACGCCAGCAACACUAUCAUCACCUGACUCGUGACGUAUCUGGUCCUGUCCAGAGCAAACCAAAUCUUCAGAUCGAGCAUACCCUUGUAUUUGUAUUGUGCUCUUUGUGAUCGCUCUUGCCCUUGUCAAUUAUCAGCAGUAAUCCAAUGAACUGUGAAGAGACAGCAUCAAAGGAUGGAAAGUAAGCACACAAGUGGAGAUCUGCAAAGGGCCCCCUAGUAAACAUUGCACAACAAACGAGUGAAAUUAUUUCCAACUGCCUUGUAAGUACUAGUUUCUUUUACUAUCUCAGGCCUGAAGAACAAAAGUACAUGUUCCAAAUCAGCUUUUUUACUUACUAGUUUUCAAAUAUAAAUUUUCAUGUUAAUGUCAAAAUUUGAGAAUGUGAAUUUUAUUUUAUAAAUUCUACUUGUUUUGUAAAUUUUAUUUAUUUUCAAUUAUUCAAAUUUAUUUGCUACAGUAGAACCAAAUUUUAAAAGCGACGUAAUUUUAUAUGCAGGUAAAAUGAAAUGGCAGUAACUUAAGUGGAGCGCAAAAAUGAAAGCUCACAGAAGAUAAGAAGAAAAGAAUUUGUCAAUCUCUAAAGACAGUUACAAAAUUAACUUCCUUUUUAAAAUGUGAUGAAUCAGAAGAGACUUCUUCCAUUGAAUGCUCGAGUUUAAGGGGUGCAGAUAAUUGUGCUGUUACCACUAGUGCUGAAAAUACUAUUAGCAAUACAUAGGUAACAGAAUUUUUCCAAAUUCUGCAUCUAUUCCUUACCGUAGUAAAAAAAAAAAAAAAAGUGUAGAAAUUGAAAUUACUUUAGUAUCUGAAAUUGUUGCAUCUUCAGACCCCAUAAAUAACAAAAAUACAGAUCCUGCUUGGUGGGAUAAUUUUUCUUCCAAUGAUGUAAGUUGUUGGAUCAAAAGAGGGCCAAGUGAUUGUCAACAUCACAGUGGACCAUUUGAAAAUUCAUGUCAAAAAUUUCAAGAUAGCAAACAAACAAGGUUCUGUAGCCAGAAUAUAUUUCUAGGGUGUAAAACUAAUGGUGAAAAUUGUAAGAGGGAGUGGCUACUGUAUUCUCCAUCAGUUGACCGUUUAUUAUUUUGUUUGCAAACUAUUCAGUCCUGACACAUUUAAUUCUUGAUUCACCGUGAAUGGAUUUAGCAAUUGUUGCAACUGGAAUAUGAUUGAUAAACAUGAAAACAGUUCAAUUCACAGAGAUUGUAUAUUAUCAUAUUUAAAAAGAAGACAUGGUUUUGGCUUAACUAAUGAACUGAAAACACAAAUUAAUGAAGAACAUCAGUAUUGGAAAGCUAUUUUACAACAUGUUGCUGUCACUGUAACAAUCGCUGAGUGUGGACUAUCUUUUCGAGGAAGAAAUGAAGUAUUUGGGUCCCCACAAAAUGAAAAUAUUUUAGGUUUACUUGUUGCUCACUUUGAUCCAUUUUUUAGCAGGUCACAUCUCAAAAUAUGGCAACAAAAGAAAGGGCAACCCAUCGUUUGUCUAAAAUUACUAAACUUAAGUGAUAAAGUUCAAUCAACUGUUUUCAGUGAAAUAAAGAUAGUUUGGCAUUUCAGGUUGUCUCUGGGUUCCAUUCCUCACCUUUCUCAUACAGAUCAGCUAAGUAUUGUUUUAAGAUACGUAUCUCCAACAGAAGGAAAACCUGUCAAGGGAUUUAUCACAGUUACUAGUUUAAAAAGUCAUACUGGCAAAGAAACUGCAAAUCGGAUACUUCACUAUUGAUGUGACAUUUGCAAAACUGACUUUUCUAAUUGCAGAGGCCAGUCCUAUAAUAAUAUUGCCAGUAUAUUAGGAUGUUAUAAAGAUCUGCAACAAGAAAUUUUAGAAGGUAAUGAAUAUGCCAUUUUCAUACCAUGUGCUAUGCAUUCACCUAAUCUCGUAGGACAUAGCACGGUAGAUUGUUGUCUGGAAGCAGUUGUUUUUUGUCUGCUGUUCAGUUACUCUAUACAUUUUUUGCUGCCUCUGCUCACUGAUGGGCAGUUCUUAAAACAUAUACAGACAGUGAUCAAAUAUUAAAAUGUCUUUCAAAUACACGUUGGGAAGCAUAUGCUGUAGCAAUGAGUGCAGUCCUGGAAGCAUACACUCAGAUUCUAGAUGCCAUAGAAAAUAUUGCUGAAGACCAGGCACAAAAAGGAGAUUCCAAAAGAGAAGCUGAAAACAUCGCCAACAAAAUGCAAACACUAGAGUAUAUAUUUAUGUUGGCUAUGUGGAAUAGUAUGUUGCAACAUUUUCAUCAGACAAGUCAAGCUCUGCAAGAUUCAGAAGUAAAUUUAAAGACUUGCACAGGUCUCUACCAGUCAUUAACAGCAUAUUUACAUAAUCUAAGAGAAGAUUUUGAAAGCACAACAAAACAAAUUCUGUCAAAUACUGAUUAUCAAGCAGUUCACCAUCACAGAAGCAUUAGAAAGAACCAAGUAAAUGACAGAAGUGCUCCAGAAGUAUUACUGAUCCAGAAAUCCAUUUUAUGUAACCACACACUACACCAUCAUUGACACAUUUGAAUCUUGCAUGAAAAGAAGGGUGAAAAUGCAUGAAGAUCUUUCAAAUAGAUUUUCCUUCUUAAACAAUGUGAACAUACUUGAUGAAGAAGAAUGUAUGAAGGCAUCCAAGAAAUUAGUGCAGACUUAUCCCGAUGGCUUAAAUACAAACCUUUACAGAGAAGUGCAACAAUUUUAUUCUUACAUGAAAACUAAGUUUACAGAUUAGGAAUGACAAAUUUUACUCACGAAGGCAUGUAUGAUUCCAUAAUAGAAGAUAAAAUACAGUGUAUUUCCCAAUGUUGAAAUUACACAUCUUCCUAACUUUAAUGAUCACAAACUGCACAAUGGAACAUUCAUUUUUGCCACUAAAUAAAAAAAAAAGAGAGACUCAAAAACCCCCAGUGUACAACAAUGAUUAAAGAAAGACUCAAUUGAUUAUCCUUGCUAUGUGUGGAAGUAGAUCCUCAGCAGCUUGAUUGUGAUUAAAUCAUUGGAGAAUUUGUAAGAGCAAAGAAUAGAAGUGUUUUUAAUUGUAACAUGUUAGAGAUGAAAGAACUAUCUAAAAAUAUAAUUUGUUGUAAUAUUUGUUUUCUGAUCAUUAAAUUUUCUUUUAUGAUAUCUUUUCAUCUGUUCAUUUAUAAUUAUAGCAUUUAUUAUGAAACAAACAUCAAAAUUGAAAUAUGAGCUGUUCAAAGCAAAAUUGGUGAAAGUCAAGUUUUCGUUGUGGGAGAGCAACAGAAUUUUACAUUGACUGUUGAAACAACUAAGUUCACUGACUCAUUUUCUUUGUUGUAUGUGAUGGCUAAGGUUGUGUGUUAACUUGGCUGGACCAUGAUUCUCAGUGGUUUGGCAGUUAUAUACUGAUGUAAUCACCUCCAUGAUGCAAUCUGAUAUAAUGUAAUCAUCUCCAAGUUGAGAUCUUCUCUGAGCAGCCAGUCAGCUGAAAGGGAGUUUCCUUGGGGGUGUGGCCUGCAUCCAAUAUAUGUGGACUUUCUGGCAAAGCUCGCUGGCUUUUGCUCUGCUCUGGAUCCUGCAUUCAGCUCGUUAUCAUCUGACCUCUAAUUCUUGGGAUUUGAGCCAGCUGCCUGCUCUCUUACCUGCCAAUCUUGGAUUUAUCAGCCUUUUUUUACGCAGGUAUGUGAGUUAGGCAAAGCCUCCAGCCUGACACCUGACCCGUGGACUUGGGACUUUCCAGCCUCUACAACCAUACGUGCCAUUUCCUUAAUAUAAACCUCUUUCUCUCUCUCUAUAUAUAUAUGUGUAUAUACAGACACACACACACACAAAAAACUUGUUGGGUCAAUUCCAGUUCAUAGCAACCCUACAGGAUGGAUUAAAACCGUCCCAUCGGGUUUCCAAGGAGCAGCUGGUGGGUUGGAACUGCUGACCUUUUGGUUAGCUGCUGUGCUCUUAACCAGUGUGCCACCAGGGGUCCAUUUCAUAUAUCUAUAUAUUUAUGUUUCACUAGUUUUGCUUCUCUAGAAAACCCAGUCUAAGACAUUGUAAAAUAUAUGGAAUAUUCUUUUAUUAGAAAAUGUGGUAUAUGAUAUAAAUCUUACUACCCAGUAUCCACUAAAAAUGUCAUAAUCCAAUUAAUCUCAUUCAGCUAAAAUGGCAUACACCACUUUUGCAUUCAAUCAUUAAGAUUAUAAUCACAUUUAAAAAGUUACAUCAUGGAUAGCUAAGACACAUAUAUGUGUGUAUGUAUUUAACUCACGUAAUGGUGAGAAGAGGAGGGGGCACCGCAGAUUAUCAAAGUUUGUGGGCUUCAUAUGUCUUAAUCCAGCCCUGAGCACCAUUUUCCUUUCCAUAUUGUUUGGCUGCAUUAAAUGUUGCAGAAUGUAAGUGAGGUGGUUUGGUCACGUCCCGUUUAUCUGAAAUUGACUUGUCCAUCAUUUUUUAUCCUGAAUGUCCUGUCACAACAUCUAUCACAUUUUAUCUGUUUUCACGCCUGUUUCCCCACCCAGGCAAAUGAUUAUACUGAAGGCUACUAGGUUAUGUUGAAAGCUAUUUGGAUAUGCUGUAUUUCUUUUUGUAUCUCCAACAUCUACGCCAGAGUCAGGAGCUUGUUAAAUUUCAUUGAACUAAAUGAACCCUAAUUGAUGGGGGUGAUAUUGUUUCCCCCAAAAUUGAAGUUAUUAUUCUGUGAGAAUGGCUUUGAAUCACAAGAAUAUGCAUUCUUUAGUAAAGAUCAUUUAUGAUCAGGGUAUAAUUCAUUUAAACUUAUUGAAAAUCUUUUUUUUUUAAUUAAGCUUUUUUCUUGAGCUAAUCUUUGCACAGAAUAUCAGUCUUUUCAUUAUAUGCAGUUAAUAAAAUUAUUUUUAAAACAUACUUAAUAAAUUAUAAUUAAUAAAAAUGUGUACUUAAUAACAAGAGGAAACACCUGUAGAGAAUCUGUGCCUAACUGAGAAUUCAGAUAUCUUGCUAAUACCUAAAUUGCCUACAGAGAAAUGCUUUUCAAAGAGUAUUGAAAUGAUCCCAUGACCUUUAAACUGCACUCAUCUACCUGGAGUCCGAUCCCUCCUACCUCCAGCCUUCAGGACUUUGCUCUAUUAACCAUUUAUCUUGCCGUUACCCUCUCUAUUAGUGACUUCCUCUAUAAACUUGCUCUACUUCUCGGCUCAAGUAGAUGCUUGAGACUAUGUGGGCAACUCCUGUCUGGAGGCGAGAUAAGAAGGAAGAGAGGGACAGGAGCUAGUUGGAGGGACACAGGGAAUACAGGGUGGAGAGGAGGAAUGUGCUGUCUCAUUAAGAGGAGAGCAGCUAGGAGGCGUACACAGCAAGGUGUGUAUCACCUUUUGUAUGAGAGACUGGCUUGAUUUGUAAACUUUCACCUAAAGCACAAUAAAUAAAUAAACUUGCUCUAGUCUGUCCCAUACUAAACUAACAGUAAAACCCUCUCUCGAACUAAUUCCUCUUUCUCUUCUUCUCAUCCAGCCAUCUGGAAAGGAGUAGACUACCCACUGCAGCACAGAUACUCCAGACCCAUCUACCUCCUAGUCCGUGUACCUCCUAGAUAAUACGGUACUUGAAUGGCCCAUACCAUUAAGCUGGCUUUGUUAUCCUCUUUCCAUGCCAAACCUGCUAUUCUUACAGCCUUCUGUACAAGUAAUAUGUGACUAGAAAACAGAGAAGGAGGAGGACAAACAGAUUUGGGGGAGGCAGUGAAAUACUGGUAAGUUCUGUUUAGACAUUGUGAGUUUGAGGUUGGCACAUUUUGCCAUAUAGCCUUGUUUCUAUUUUUCCCCAGUCAACGCUGCUGCUUCAUGAGCUUUCUAAGAUGUAGGUUUGAUUAUUUUUAGUUGAGCAUCCCCUGUAAACUUCUAUUAUCUGUACUUAGCUGUAUCCCACCCAUCCCCCAAUUACACUAUAAGCCCUGGAGGGCAGUAAACUUUCCCUGUCUUAAUUAUCUUUUUAUCUAGUUCCCAGCACAGUAUCUGUUAUAAAUUAGAUUAAAAAAAAAAUUGAAUAACCGUAAAUGUUUAGCUAAGAAGUCUCAGUAACAUAUAAAUUUAAAUUGUGAUAAACAGUAUUUCAGAGGAAUUUGUGCAUAUCGUGAUGUCUUUAAGGAGCCCUGAGGCACAAACAGUUAAGCCCUUGGGUGCUAAUCAAAAGUUUGGUGGUUCAAACCCACCCAGUGGCUCUGUGGGAGAUAGACCUGGCAAUCUGCUUCUCUAAAGAUUAUAGCCAAGAAAACUGUAUGGGGCAGUUCUACUCUGUCACAUAGGGUCGCUAUGAAUAGGAAAUCAACUUGAUGGCAUGCAACAAUGACAACAACAUGCUAUCUUUAGCUAACCAAUUUGGUUGUAUCUAAUCCAAAGAACAUACGGAUACUAGAAAUGAGGUACCCCCCAAAGUAAAGAUCAGUAAGUGUCCACCUGCCUUGAGGAGAGAGUGGGGAUAGUGGCUACUUCUUAGGCUGACUGCGGCCUCAUUAAGCAAACUUCUAGUUAAAAUUUGGGCAUCCAGAUACAUUUGCUAUAGGAAAAAUGUGAUGUUAACCAGCCUGAUAGUUACAUUUUCAUCAUAAAUUAAAAAAUUGAUCUGAUUGAUGAGUCAUUUCCUAAGAGAUGAACAUUUAAGACCAUACUUAGAGAACUGAGUUUCUGAAACUAGAACUUUUGAAAACCAGGCUGAGACAUAGUGUGUUGGCCACCUCAAAAAACACAAAUAAGUAAACAAUAACAAUAGCUUACACUUACUGAACCCUUGCCAUAUUUUAAGUAUUCCGUUAAGCACUUUGUAUGGAUUAUCAAGUCUCAUCUCAAGCUCUAACCUUAAACUUGCAUGAUCUCUUCCAGUUUGAUUUCUUGCUAAUUUCCUAAUAUAAGACAGCUAUAAUUAGACCAGUCUCCUCACUCUUUCUACACACAGGCCAUUUUUUUAUUUCUUAUUUUGUUUUUAUUAUCUUUUUUCAUCUGCUACCCAAGGCCUCCUCAUUUCUAUACCCUGAGCAAAGCUCAGUUUGUGACCCAUGUCCUUGAUGUGUUCCUCUGCUAUUCCCAGCAUCUAAUUCCAUAAGUACUGUAAUACUUAUUCAGUAGCAUUUUAGCACCCGUUUAUAUAAUGUUCUUAAUUUCAGGUGUCUAUAAGCACGAUCUCCUGAACUAGAUUUUAAACUUCUAAUAGGCAAUGACCGUUCACAUCUUUUAAUUUUCUUCGAGUUUUGUUUAUCAGUGCUGAGACUAAAGUAGGCAUUCG